AUGAAUGAACUCAGCAGUAGCGGUGGCGUGGCAGAAACAAGUCUUGUUGCAACGCACAGCAGCCACAGUGGCCUCAAAGACGUCAACAACACUGGUGACAAUAUCGCUGUUGCUGACAUGGUGUAUGCCACAUCCCCCGAAUUUGACUAUCGGCAUGAGCUGAUGGGUCGUUUGCACAAAAUCGAGCCAGACGUUGAACUUGAAGUAUUAUCCGCCGCCGCGCCACACCACCACCACCAUUACCAUCACCUGCACCAUCAUCAGCAUCAUCAUCAGCAUUUGCAUCAGCAUCAACACCAGCAUCAAUUGUUUUCGCCGCAAAGCAAUCAUAGUGGCAGUAAUACGCUCGAUCAUUGGCAGCAGCAUCAGCAGCAGUUGCAUCACUCUGCCACCACCUCCGCCAUCACCGCUGCCAAUAAUAGCAAUAGUGGUAGCGGUAGCAAUCAUGAACAUGCAACUUAUGUUCAACACUCAUCGGCAUCCACCUCGGUUGUGGUGUCGGCAUCCACAACGGUUACAGCACUCUCGCAGUCAACAUCCUCUGCCUCAGUUGGCGCUGGCGCUGUGCAACAAAAUGCCGCGUCAUCAUCCUCAACGUCCGCCUCGGCUAGUGAUAAUCCCGCCGAUACUUCAAACUCUCCGCAUGCGAGUGCGAAUGUGUCAUAUGCGGGUUGUGCGUCUGCGUACGACAGCAGUGCGGCAGUGGCAUAUGAAAUAGCCAGCGCCUAUGGUGCGACGGCGUCGGCGACCGCAGUGUCGGUAGCCGAUAAGGAAUAUUUAUUUGAUACCAAAAACAAAGAGGCUCUUUGCAAUCCCUACGCUGACCUCGAUGAUCCCUACCAACGGCCAGCGCUGUGGGAGGAUAUCGCCAGCUCAAUACAAAAUAUCGAUCCUGAGAAUGCGCUCAUGCUCGGCUCAAGCUCAAGUUCAACGGUGGCCGGUGGCGCGACAUCACACUUAGCGCUCAUCGGCGGUGGCAGCGGCAACAGCAGCAGUGCCACUAGCAAUGCCGGCAGCAGUGGCUUGGAUGCGACCAACACACUGCUGCCACAAGUGAAAAUGGAGGCACUCGAUGAUACGUUGCUGGAAACAUUGUCCACCCCAUUGCUCAGUCCCAUGGAGAUCAAGACGGAGAAGCCAGCGCUACAGCAACACACACACCUGCACGCACAACAACAACAACACUAUGCGCACUAUCAACUGCCAUCACAGCACCACCACAUUGGGCAACAGCAGCAGCAACAGCAUCUGCAACAACAACACCAGCAACACCUCUAUCAACACCAUCCCAGUUUAGGUGGCAAUAGCGGCGUUGCAGAUGUUGCUCUCGCCAACGGUGAUGAUACUAUAACGCUAAUGCAAUUGCAUCAGCAACAUCAGCAACAUCAUCAGCAGCAGCAGCAGCAGCAACAUAUGGCCGCCUCCUUGCAUAGCAGCAAUAGCAAUAGUCCUAAUCAACCAAAUCGUUGCAGUAGCACCGCGAGCAGUCACAAUGCUGAGCUGAGUGGCAGCAGUAGUGGUGCAGGUGUUAGUGGCGCCUUAAAUGGCAGUGAUAAUAAUAAUAGCAAUAAUAUUUCCUAUCAACAAUAUGCAUCUCAACAACAACAACAACAUUUAAGUAGCAACAAUAAUUAUCUCAAUGAUGGCGGUGGUUGUGGUGGUAGCAGUGGUUCAUCCUCUGCGGCGAAUGUGACAAUCAGCACGUCCGUAACGUUGACCAACUUAACGGCGGCAACGUCGCUGGAUGGCAAUGCGGGCAAUAAUAAUAAUAACAAUAACGCCACAAUGAAUAACAACUUGAAUGCAGGCUACGGUUAUAGUUGGCACAGCAAUCAGCCGUAUCACCACAAAUACCAAAUACCGCCACCACCUCUAACAAACUCAACGCUGCACCAGCAACAACAACACCAGCCAUCACAAUCAAAUCCGCAACUUUGCCCACCUGCAGCACCAACCGGCAAUUCAAUGUCAACGCGACACAUAUUCGUACCGCCAUUGACGCCGCCCAGCUCAGAUCCCGGAAGUCCGGGUAGUUCAAUGGUUGCCGCGGCAGCGGCUGCAGCAGCAGCGGCGGCGGCGGCGGCGGCGGCAGCUGCGGCAAAUAAUGGCAGCAGCAAUGCCCAACAACAGUCAGCGAAUCGACGCACUACACCACCGCCACCUUAUCAACAGCAGCAACAACAACUGCUCCAACAGCAACAGCAACAACAACAGCACCAACAUCAGCACCAACAUCAACAUCAACAUCACCAACAGGGUCGUCCACUUUCAAGUAUUUGCCCCAACAUUUUAACACUGCACUCGAGCACGAAUGGCACGACAACAAUGACGCCACUACACCCCUCCGUACACCAUUUAAGUCCAGGACGUACGCUCACCACGCUCGGCUCUAAUGGUUGCGGUGUUGGCGUUGGCAUCGAUAUCGGCAGUGGACUGCAUGGCGUCAACAGCAAUGGUAUCGGCGGCGGCGGCGGCGGCAGUGGUAGUGGCCUAAUGGGUAACAGUCGGGGGCGAGGGCGUGGUAACGGUGCUAGUACACCGGCACACCUGGCAAAUUUGAUUGUGCCAACGAUACGCACGGUGCGCUAUAAUCGGCGUAACAACCCGGAGUUGGAGAAGCGGCGCAUACAUCAUUGCGAUUUUGAGGGUUGUACGAAGGUCUAUACGAAGAGCUCACACCUGAAGGCGCACCAGCGUAUACAUACGGGCGAGAAACCCUACACCUGCCAAUGGCCCGAGUGUGAAUGGCGUUUUGCGCGCUCCGAUGAACUGACGCGUCACUAUCGCAAACACACCGGCGCCAAGCCCUUCAAAUGCGUUGUCUGCGAGCGAAGUUUUGCGCGCUCCGAUCACUUGGCAUUGCAUAUGAAACGACAUUUGCCCAAAAAUAAGUAGAAGUACGCCUAAAGAAAAUUUCAAGCAAAAACAUAAUAAGGAAGUCAAAAUUGAGCUGAUGCAAAAAUAGCAAAGCAAGCAAGUGAAAAGACAGCAAGCAGCGCACAAGAAAACCUAGCAACAAGCAACUAUUAGCAAUUACGCGCACAAAAUGCAGCUAGUAGGAGAAGAUAUAAAAAAGUGAAUAAAUUUAAAACACAAAACAAAAAAAAACAGCAAAGAAGAACGAGCACAAACAAAUCCAAAGGACUUUAGUUGUUAUUAAUAAUAAAAAUUUGCUUAAACUAGCAUAACUAAAAAUUAAAAAAAAAAUAUUACAUAAAAUAUAUUUAAUUGAAAUGAUUAACGCAAUCAAUUAAAACCAACACCGCCGCCAAUGCCUCAAUUGAAACAUAAAUAUUAAAAAAAAAAUCAGCUUAAAGAAAUUGAAAACAAAAUAAAAUUCUAAGCCUUACGCAAGCCUUAUAAAGUUUAAGCUGUUCAUAGAAAAAAUUUUAGACAUACAUACAUACAUGCAUACUAGGCCAUAUGUAAGCAGUGUACUUUUGUAUGCAAUCGCCUAUUUGGGGGUGAAAUCAAAGCAUAUCAACAUUUAAUUCCUUUUUACUUUUAGUUAAAUUUUAUGUGUUAAGCUUGUAUGUGUACCUACUGAACCAGUGAGUAAUUGUUAUUUGUUCUUGUACGAGUUUUUAAGUUUAUUCUAUAUUAGUUUUUUUUUUGUUUUGCCGCAACAAACAAAAUACUUUAAUUUUAAAAAAAUCUUAAUUUUAUUUUUAAUAGUUUAAUAUGUAAACACUUUGCAAAAGUUACUAACCGAGCGUAAAUCUGUGAACUAAGCCGAGGUAUUAGUGAACACAAAAAGUCCUUAAAGCAUCCUUAAAAAAGGCAUUUACUAUACUACAUUUAAAUAUACUUUAAGCUAAAUAAUUUUCACAAUUUUAAAAGUUGAAUAAACUAAAUGUAAAAAAAAAAUCUAUUAAAAAAAGU